CGGUGGUAGGUAAGUCCCAGUUUUGUGGGCGUAUGGCACUCUAGCUCUGAUACAAACUCCCACGAAUCAAACUCCACGCCUUGGAAGCCACUAUGUCUUCCAUCAUGCUCACACCAACUUCAAAAACCACCACUCUCUUUAAAGGCUACUCAAUAUCAUCAUCAACCCUAAUCAAUCUUACUCCAAGAGUUAAUCACAACCGUUUGAUAAUAAACAAGAGCUCAAAACUGAGGAAGGUUGCAGUCAUUACUGAGUUCUCGGCAGCAGCUGAUCCUGCCCCUGAUGGCUUUACCUGGCAGAUUGCUGUGGGAGCUUUAGCUGGAGUGACUCCUUUUGUGGUGGCUGGGAUUGAAUUCAGCAAAAGAAUCAUUGCUCAAACAAGUUGUGAGGUGUGUGGAGGGUCAGGGCUGGUUUUGAAAAAAGAAAACUAUGUACGCUGCCCUGGAUGUGGUGGAUUUCUACCUUGGCAGUCAUGGAGGAGAUUUUUUUCUGGCUGAGUUAACUUUUUAUAUGCAGUGUUAUUACAUUUCUCCAAAGAUUUAGAUUAAAAUUAAUUGGGUUGAACCGUCAAAUUCAAUUCUCUCUUUGGUGGAAUCAGUUCAUACAUCUUGGCAAUGGUGCCUACUCAUGAAAUCUAGAUACUGUAUAUUUUUUUUAUACGCUCCUAAGUAAUGAAAAUCUUUUUGUUCGUGGAUUGA